AUGGCGGCCUUUAGCCGCAAGCGGCCUGCAGCUCGCCAGCCAGGAAGUGGGAAACAGACGAAAAAAUCUGCGAAUGGUCCCACUGCUAGCAAGAAGGCAAUCUUCGUUUGUGCGACUGGUGCAGGUGGAGGGCGCUCGCGGCAGAUGCUGCUUCGACAAUUUGGCGACCUCCAUCAGAUGUCAUUUCGCGGCACGCCGAAUCUAACCACUGCAGAGCGGGAAGCGCCUUUCCUGCAGCAGAUGGCAGAGGCUGCGCAGGCAGCUGCCAAGAAGUCGCCCUCCAGGCCGCUGUUUCUCGUGGGCCACUCGUUUGGCGCACGGGCAGCUGUGCACCUCAUGUGCCGCAAGGAUUUUCGCCAGCAGCUGCCAAAGAGCUGUAAAGGUAUCAUUGCGUUCGGAUAUCCGUUGAUUCAUCCGAUGCAGCAGCGUGAGAAGAAGCUGAUGGAACUCCCUGCGAGUUCCAAGGCGUUGUUUAUCUCGGGCACCAAAGAUCCCUUUGCUGGCAACUUCAAGCUCUUCGAGACAGCGCUUCAAAAAGCAAAGUGUAAACACCGCUUGGUCAAAGUGCUCGGAGGUGAUCAUGGACUGAAGUGUUCAAAAGCCAUGGAGGAAGAGACGGUCUCAACAAUUUGUGAGGCAGUGUCCCGCUUCGUUUAG